UUAACAGCAAAGAUUAGCCUCGUCUUCCUUAUCUCUUUCCCUCCAACAAUUUCUGGAUUUCAAUAACAAUUGUUCGGGAGGGUGUUGAACAUUCAACAUGUACACGUUGAUGUCAACGCCUCUCUGCAACUAUGGCGUCCCUUUACCAACAUUUUUCAUUCUGAAACACAUCAACAACACCAACCCCAAGUUUCUCAGCUUUAGAAAACCCUUGCAAAUCCAUGCCGAUGCAACAAACGAAGUCGAUUCCCAGACUGGAACGCUCGAGGAAGAACCCAAAAAAGAAACUUUAGAAUCUGAACCCAGAAAUGAGGGCCAAAACAUCUCCAGUUCCCCUAAACCCCUUGACAAGGACCUCAAAAGGUUGUUUCAAAAGACUGCUGCAACCUUUGCACCGCGGGCUUCAACAGCUACAAAAAACCCUGCUGUUCCGGGAACUGCCUUGUACACUGUUUUCGAAGUUCAAGGCUAUGUGUCGUUGCUGCUGGGUGGAGCUUUGUCUUUCAAUCUCAUAUUUCCAUCUAAUGAGCCUGAUAUUUGGAUUGAUGGGGAUGUGGUCCAUUUGGAUGUUCAGUGAGUUCAUUGCCUUGUCUGUUUCACCUUGUUCUAUAAACAACAUAAUCAACAUGCUAAUAUGGCUGUUUCUUUGCAGCUAUUCCUUCGCUUCGAGCUCGGGACUUCGAAGAACGAAAAGGAAGCUCUUAAUUAUCUGUUCCUUAUCAUCCCCUUGAUCAAUGUUAUAAUCCCUUUCUUUUGGAAGUCUUUUGCAGUUGUCUGGUCUGCAGACACUGUAGCCUUCUUUGCCAUGUAUGCCUGGAAGCUUGGAUGGCUACAGGAAACAGAGUAGGAAUUGUGCGCACUGGCCUUCACUUGGUUCAAUGGUGCUAUCAUACUUGAUUGAUUCUCUGUUUUAAAGCUCAUGAUGGAUCCGAGAUACAUGCAGAUUAUACAUAUUAAAGAGGCAGAGUGUGCAAUUGUUUGACCUGAGAAAGAAAUGGACUCCUCCUGGAAAUGUACUUACAAAUUCAUAUCAGUUAAUGUAUACUCUUGGAAUCUGGCCUCACUGCUAUUUCUCUUAUUUCAUAUGAAUUUCAAGCUCGUAAUUGUUUCUCAAGAUAUAUGUGUACACUCAAAGUCCUUGUGAGGAAAUUGAAAUUUCUG